CAAUCCAAUCCUCUGUCUUUAACCGGUGGGAAUGUUUAGUUAAGCUUCCAUCUGAACCGUGUUUUUGUGUUAAAACUCUUGUUGAUAUUUGUAGCUAGUUUCGGUUUUCUUGCUAAGUAGGUCUUCUUCUUCUUCUUCUAUAUCGCUAAAUUUUUGUGUUCCUAAAGUUAAACUACCUGCCGUUUUUUUUGGUACUCUAAUGUUUCCAGCUAAUUUCAAUCGUUUAGAAUUCUCGAGGGGAAUCCGUUGACCCCAAGAAGAACUGCAGAAAUGACAACAUAACUAUGUGGUCCAAGAGUCUUAGUAUUAUAUAUUGUAACUAAAGACAAUAAUUUAGAAUUGUAGAAAAAACUGUCCAUUAAUUUAAAAACAAUUACAGUAUGUAACCAAUUGGAGUAGUUUGUUUAUGGACAUGUAUCCCAAUCAAAGACCAAUUCUAAAACGAAUAAUAAAAGAGUUGAACAAACACUAUAAAUAAGUUUCCUGGUAAUUUCAAACAAACAAAAUAUCAGGCAGGAACGCAGUUCAUUCAAGGCACUUCCAAUAGGUCAAAGUCAACUUCUAUCUCUCUUUGUAUACAAACUUUUGGAACCACAUAGAAAGAAGAUAAUCAAACCCAAAUAUUGCCUCACAAGUCACAACAAUAUUCCUAAAGUUUGUGUGUUCGCAAUGACCCCAAGUCCAUCAAACCGAGAUCAUAUGGAGGAUCAUCAAUCAUUUGAUCUGGAAGAUUGGCUUCCAAUAACAGCAUCAAGAAAUGCAAAUUGGUACUAUUCAGCUUUCCACAACGUAACUGCAAUGGUUGGUGCUGGAGUUCUUGGCCUUCCCUACGCCAUGUCAGAACUUGGAUGGGGACCUGGGGUUGCGGUGCUGAUCCUGUCAUGGGUGAUCACGUUGUACACACUCUGGCAAAUGAUUGAGAUGCACGAGAUGUUUGAAGGGCAACGGUUUGAUAGGUACCACGAGCUAGGUCAGGCAGCCUUUGGGAGGAAGCUUGGUUUGUACAUCAUCGUGCCCCUACAGCUUCUUGUUGAAACAAGUGCGUGCAUUAUCUAUAUGGUGACCGGAGGUGAAUCGUUGAAAAAGGUUCAUCAACUUUCUGUGGGAGAUAACAAGUGCACAAAGCUGAGAAUCCAACACUUCAUUUUGAUAUUUGCAUCUUCACAGUUUGUGCUCUCCCUCCUAAAGAACUUCAACUCAAUUUCCGGUGUCUCUUUGGUAGCUGCCGUCAUGUCUGUAAGCUAUUCCACGAUUGCUUGGGUAGCUUCACUGGCAAGGGAGGCCCCAGAGAGUAUCGAGUACGGUUACAAAGAAAGAACAAACUCGGUGCCGUUAGACUUUUUAGGUGGAUUGGGGGAGAUGGCUUUUGCGUACGCAGGUCAUAACGUAGUUUUAGAAAUUCAAGCAACGAUCCCAUCUACACCAGAGAAUCCAUCGAAACGACCCAUGUGGAAGGGAGCCAUCGUAGCCUAUGUCUUCGUAGCUUUCUGCUACUUCCCUGUGGCUCUUCUAGGUUUUAAGACCUUUGGGAACAAUGUCGAAGAAAACAUACUGACAUCACUGCGUGAUCCCAAGGCACUUAUCAUUGUGGCCAACAUGUUUGUUGUCGUACACCUCCUCGGAAGCUAUCAGGUGUACGCAAUGCCCGUGUUUGACAUGAUCGAAUCUGUAAUGAUAAGGAAAUGGCACUUCAGGCCAACAAAGGUUCUAAGGUUUAGCAUCCGAUGGACAUUUGUGGCUGCCACGAUGGGCAUUGCAGUGGCAUUACCGUAUUUCAGUGCUUUGCUAUCAUUUUUUGGGGGAUUCGUGUUUGCCCCAACCACAUACUUUAUACCUUGCAUCAUAUGGUUGAUCCUGAAGAAACCAAAGAGAUUUAGUCUAUCAUGGUGUAUCAACUGGAGUUGCAUAAUUCUUGGGGUUGUACUGAUGAUCGUUGCACCUAUUGGAGGACUCGCUAAGCUAAUAUAUCAGAUCGAACAUAAAAGUCUACCUAACACCAACUGCACCAUCACCUAACUUACUAAAAAGGUGAAUUAAUACAAUGUUAUCUUCAUUUCAUUUGCCAAUUAAUGUGUGAUUAUGUCUCAUUUGGUUGGACUCCACGAAUUUCAGUUCUUGUAUUGUAUAAGAUUAUGCUCUCUUCGGGUUUGGUUCAUCAUUCAGUUAAACCAAAAUUUAGACUC